AUGUGCGCUAAGGCCGGUCUUCUGCUCCUGCUGCUCCUCGCCUGCUGUGUUUGGUCAGCAGAGUCUCAGGGUGAAGGAAGGAGACAAAGCAUCUGGGAUGAGCCCAUCAAAUUCAGCACCAAGAACAAAGAUUUGUGCACGAUGGUCGUCACCGGUCAUGGGGAAUACACCAGGCUGAGGCUGUCGUGUCAGAGCAACAAGCGCUCCUACUGGUGUGAAUACCUGGGCAAGCCUUACACCUGCCGCUCCUACAGCAAAAACCCUCGUCACUACUUCGUCCAGAUGAUGUGGGGCCUCAGGAAGCUCCAGAAUGCCUGCAUGGGGCCGAAGCAGAUUAAACCUCAUAUGUGCAGGAAGGCAGCAGACGAGUCUCAGAUGGUUUUCUCAUCUGCAUCCUUCUCCCGGCAGUGGCCAGAGAUCUCAACCAGAGCAAGACCAGCAGCAGCAAAACCUCAGCCUCAACCCCAGCCUCAGCCUCGAUCUCAGCCUCAACCCCAGCCUCAACCUCGAUCUCCUCCACAGCCCCAACCUCGACCUGCACCCACAAGGUCUGAUCCGUCAAGGCAUGCAUCUAUCCCAAGAUUCUCCACAAGAUUUCCGACCCAGAGGAGACCCGGUGCACAACCAACAGACCCUUCUGUUGAGAGCAAUGCAAAGAGGAUCGCUCGGCAGUACUGCUGGAGAUCACUUCAUGGAGUCUGCUCUUACGUUAUUGGUCUGUUUCGGAAUUAA